UCUAACCGUAAAUCGUGAUCUCUGUAUUCUAGGGUUUUAAGGUGCCUGCCGCCGCUUCACAGAACCGUCUCUUCCUAGCUCUCUCUCUCUCUCUCUCUCUCUCUCUCUCAACUCUUUGAAAUCGCAGCGAGGUCAGUCAGUGGGAGGGAGAGAGUACCGGACUUGACCGUUAAUAUGGCGACGCCGGAAGUUCCUCUCCUCUACGUCGGAGUCUAUCGGAGCUCUGCCGCCUUCCGCCUCAUGAAACAAAUGGGAUGGGAAGAAGGCGAAGGACUUGGAAAGGAAAAGCAAGGCAUCAAAGGAUAUGUAAGGGUAAAGAACAAACAGGAUAAUUUAGGUAUAGGAACAGAGAUACCAAAUGCAUGGGCUUUUGAUACAACUCAAUUUGACAGUAUCCUCAAGAAACUGAAAGUGCAAGCGGUUGAAAAAAACAAGGAUGAAGAUAGUGAGACGGAUAGAAAUGAAGCUGUUGAACAACCCAGCCCUUCUAAGGACAAAAAAGAGCCAGUCGCCAAGUCUACUCGACCUCAAGGAAGGUAUAAAAGAAGAGAGAAGGGAAAGACUGUACGUUCAUAUUCUUCUCAGGAUCUUGAAGGAAUUCUCGUGAACAAGUCUAAGGCUCCAGAUACCUGUAAUGCUCCAGAAGUAUCAGAGGAUGAAAAGUCAAUUGAAUCCAGUGUUUCAGAUAAACAAGAAAAAACUCAAGAUCUUCCAGCUGAUUGGUGGGGCCACAAACUUGGAUUUGUCUUUGUAGGUAUGCUUGGUGCCGAAUCUCGGAGAAAGAAGUCCCUUGAGAGGACCAUGUUCAAUGAGGACGAUCAAGAAAAUCUUUACAACCUUGCUCAGGGCACAAAGACAUCUGGAAAACAAGGGAUUGGUAUCAAGGAUCGUAAAAAGAAAAUUGCAGGCUGCUACUUUGAAGGGAAGAAGACUACUUUCGGUGAUAGCGAUGGGGAAGGUUCUUCUGAUUCACAUAAUGGAGUGAAAAGAGAACAUGAAAAUUUGGAUUUGGGUGUAGGUCCCACACCCAGGCCAAAACUUAAGAAGCUGUGUAGGCAGCUUCUCGAACAGGCACCUGGGGAGUCAUUGAAGCUGAAGCAGCUCAAAGCACUUGUUGAUGAACAUUCACCUUCGACAUUGUCCAACUUAUUAAAAGAGGAGGCUCUCACCUUUUUAAUGCAGAAGCUUGAAAACAGUGAUAGUUUUUCCGUGAAGGGGAAGAAAGUCUUGCUCGUGAAAAGAACUUGAUAAAAUCUGUAUCCAAUUACUACCUGUAACAAUGUGUAGAUUGCUGUUGAGAGUAAAUGAUAUAAAUAUAGUUGUCAGCUAUCAGAUAGCAACACUAUUUAUCGAUGAAGUUUAGGAGUCGCAUAAUCUUGCGGGUUUUACAAGUGGAGAGUUGAUAAGGAGAGGAUAAGCGUCGUGUGAAAGAGAGUUAAAUCAGCUAUUUCUUUGACUAGCAGCAGAGGUGCGCUGGAUUUUUUAGAUUUAUUACCAUGACAAGAGGACUUUGUCCUCUGUUAUAAUUUUGUGUGAAACAAUUUUUGUAGGACGAGUGCCCAUUUUUAUUUAAUAGAAUGGCGUUGUAAUA